CUUCAUUCUCAACUCUUUCCUGAUUGUUGUCAAAAGUCGGUUAAAUAAAUCCCAAAACAUCCACUCUGCUUUGAGGACAAUCCUCUAAUAAUUUUAAAAACAGAACAACUUAAUCGUUUGUAUGACCAGUCUUGAUAUCGUCGGUCAAUUAGGAUCCAAAGCUGAUCCAUUCAAUGAUCAAGUUGAAGAUGUCGGAGGCGGUGGAAAAGACAAUAUAAUUCACAUCCGAAUUCAACAGCGUAACGGCAGGAAAACCCUCACCACUGUGCAGGGUCUCUCAUCCGAUUAUGACUUAAAGAAAAUAGUCCGAGUCUGCAAAAAGGAGUUUGCGUGCAAUGGUACGGUAGUGGAACACCCGGAGUACGGUGAGGUCAUCCAGCUUCAGGGAGAUCAGCGAAACCUUAUCAAAGACUUCAUGAAGAAAGUUGGCCUUGCCAAGGAGGAACAGCUGAAGGUGCACGGUUUCUAAGCAACUAACUACAGUCACCACUUUUGUAAAUAUGCAGCUUCUUUGGGACAUUAAAUGAUUAUAGUGGAAACACAGAUUUGGAUUUUAUAAUGAAUUCUGUACGAACAACCAAAAUAUGUUCCUGAUGAUGUGGCUGUGCAAAACAUCACAUAGAAAAGUAUUUCGAAGAAGAUUUGUUCCUUAAUAAUUAAAAAAAUGAAGUCCGCAUUUAAAAUGUAUCGCAGAAUUGGAAUUAUUUUGUAAGAUGUUAAACAUAUGGGAAAAUCAUUAUGCCUAUCAUUCAUUUAGUUGUGAACUUGUCCAUUAACAUGUUAAUUAUAUGUAUAAAUUUAAGAUAAAAUAUGAACUAAAUGGACCCAUAAUUGAUUUGUAUUAUUCUUAACAAUCUUAAGUAAUAGGCAUUUAUAAGAAAUUUCAUUUUUUAAACUCCAUUUUUUAUCAAAGAGUAAGAAUAGAAUAGAACGAUACACGUAACUUUAAUUUUUGUUUCAAUGUAUAACAUUGUGUAAAAAGUAAGCUUUGUAAGUUACUACAUUUGUAUUAAAAUCUUUUUAUUUCAAUGCAGAUUUUUAUUGUCAUUACAUAACUUUUUCUAUUUAUGUCAUUGUACGGUAGUAUGUUUGUGUAAAAUAAACCUCAUAAAUGUCACAA